GCCGGGCGGGCAGCGAGGCCGCGACCGCACCGCGCUACGAGACGGUGGUGAUCGGCGGGGGCCAUGCGGGGACGGAGGCGGCGGCGGCGGCCGCUCGCGGCGGGGCCCGCACGCUGCUUCUCACGCACAAGAUCAGCACCAUCGGGGAGAUGUCCUGCAACCCCUCCUUCGGUGGCAUCGGGAAGGGGCAUCUGAUGAGAGAGGUGGACGCGCUGGACGGGCUGUGCGGCCGCGUGUGCGACCGCUCCGGCGUGCACUACAAGGUGCUGAACCGCUGCAAGGGCCCGGCCGUGUGGGGCCUCCGCGCACAGAUUGACCGCGGCCUCUACAAAGAGGAGAUGCAGAAAGAAAUCCUUAACACACCACUGUUGACAGUUCGUGAGGCAUCUGUGGAGGAUCUUCUGUUGGCAGAGCCAGAACCAGACCGUCCUGGGAAAUGCCGAGUCACAGGAGUCAUUCUGGGGGACGGGAGCACUGUACACGCUGAGAGCGUUAUCCUGACCACUGGUACGUUCCUGAGGGGUAUGGUGCUCAUGGGACUGGAGAUGCACUCGGCUGGACGUCUUGGGGACCAGCCAGCCAUCGGCCUGGCUCACACCCUGGAGAAGCUGGGCUUUGCUGUGGGCAGGCUGAAGACUGGGACACCACCCCGACUGGCCAAAGAUACGAUCGACUUCAGCGGUCUGGAGGAACGCAGAGCUGACAAUCCCCCGGUGCCCUUCAGCUUCCUCAGCGAGGCCGUGUGGAUCAAGCCGGAAGAUCAACUGUCAUGUUACCUGACUCACACUACCCUGAAAGCCCAGCAGAUUGUCCAGGAUAACCUCCACCUGAACAACCAUGUAAGGGAGACAACAAGGGGCCCACGGUACUGUCCCUCUCUUGAAUCAAAGGUUCUGCGCUUCCCAAACCGAAGGCAUCAGGUGUGGCUGGAGCCUGAAGGCUUGGAGUCCAAUGUCAUUUACCCCCAAGGCAUGUCAAUGACGCUGCCACCUGAGCUUCAGGAGCAGGUGAUCAAAUCCGUCCCAGGCUUGGAAAAAGCCAAGAUGUUACAGCCAGGCUAUGGGGUGCAGUAUGAUUUUUUAGAUCCCCGUCAGCUGACUGCUUCUCUUGAGUCUCGGCUUGUUCAGCGCCUCUUCUUUGCAGGGCAGAUAAAUGGCACAACAGGCUACGAAGAGGCUGCAGCUCAGGGUGUGAUUGCUGGGAUCAACGCGUGCCUGCGGGUCCGUGGCCAGCCGCCGUUCGUGGUGAGCCGCACGGAAGGCUACGUGGGCGUCCUGAUCGACGACCUGAGCACACUGGGCACCAGCGAGCCCUACCGCAUGUUCACCAGCCGCGUGGAGUUCCGCAUGUCCCUGCGCCCCGACAACGCCGACGCCAGGCUCACCCGCAGAGGUUUUGAAGAAGCUGGCUGCGUGUCACGGCAGCGAUACGAGCAAGCGGUUAAGAUGAGAGCUGCUUUAGAGGAUGGAAUUGCAAUGCUAAAAUCCCUUCAGUUCAGCAUCUCCAAAUGGUCACAGUUGGUACCACAAGUUCCCAUCAGCAGCAAUCGAAGGUCGCCUGCCAGUGCCUUUGACAUCCUUCAGUACCCAGAAGCCAACAUGGAAGUUUUGGCAAAGGCUGUCCCAGAGCCCCUGGGAAAGUUUGCUCAGUGGAGGGAACUAGCAGAGAGACUGAAAAUAGAAGCUGCUUACGAGUGGUGUGUGGCCAAUCAGCAGCAGGAGAUAGAAGAAGUGCGUCGGGAUGAGGCGCUCCAGCUGCCCGAGGACCUCGAUUACUUUGCCAUUGAUGCCUCGCUGUCAGCAGAGGUGCGGGAGAAGCUGCACUCCAACCGUCCCCAGACGAUCGGCGCGGUCAGUCGCAUCCCUGGAAUUACACCGGCUGCUAUCGUUAACCUGCUAAGGUUUGUGAAAACCAGUCAGCAGAAGAAAGGGAAGCACAAAGCCUCACCUCAGACGGGGAAAAUGUCCUCGGAGAGAGCAACUUCCCAAAGACAGGUUUCAGCAGGGUUUUCUGAAGAGGAGCCAGAGCACGAGCUGUUGAGUCGCCUCUACACAGAAGCGUCCCCCCUCCUGCCAGGGUCCGUGGCAACGUCUCCUGUGCUCACGGCCUCCUCCCAGGUAAGACCUGUGCUGUCUGGAUCCCAGCACUUCUAGUUGUGUCCUGUGGCAGUAUUGCUGGGUAGAACAAAGGUAAUGAAUGCACAGACCUGAAGGGAGUGCUCAGGAACCUAAAUGCAGCCUGUGAUUUUGACCAUCUGAAUGAAAAGACAGAAAUUGUCCUUAAAGUUCCACUUGGGAGAUGUCACAUAGUAAAAACUGUUCAAAAACAUCUUGGAAAGUGUUUUGCUUUUCUGAAAUGAGUGGUAAAAGUUACCACAGCUGCACAAGAGCAUUUGGACUGGGAAGUGUGUUCUAGUGACUGUAGUGCUUUGACUAUACUGCGCACAAGUGUGAUGUCAGCCAAGAGGAAACACUUGGCUAUGAAUAUUUAAACUUAUGUAGGAGACUGAUUGAAUGUAAACACUGUAUCCUGGGGAGGGGAGGUGUCUCUCAAAUAAAGCUUAUCUGGAAA